CUUUAAAACACGUCGCUCACUUCCUCUGAAAGUGAAACCAGUAAGCGGCGGCGGACUGCGAGCACUAAGGCUUCAUUUGUGACUUAUUUUUCGCUCUAAAAAAGGGGAUAUUGUUUUACUGAGUAACAGAAGACGCACAUAAACUGACACUGAGCACCGUGAGCUGAGCACCGUGAGCUGAGCACCAGGCCUGCGCUGGUGGAAGUGGGUCUGUGAUGGAUAGGCUGAAGCUGUCUAGCAUAGAUGAGGAGCUGGAGUCCUCUGAGGUGGCAGCUCUCUGCUUCUUGUGUCGGGAUGUUGUCAACAAGAAACGCCUGGAGGGGAUCGAGGAUGCAAAAAAGCUGUUCUUGAGACUAGAAGAAAAAGGUCUGCUGGACAACCAUCUCUUCCUUCGUCAGCUGCUCCAAACUAUCGGUCGAGCAGAUCUCCUCAACUUCCUGGAGACAGACAGCAGGCGACCAGAAGAAACCGAUGCAAAUCCCAUGCUGUCAGAAUACAGGGUGAUGCUGUACAAAGUAUACGCUGACAUGACUAACGAAAAUUUUGAAAAGAUGAAGUUUCUUUUGAGCGACAAGCUGGGCAGAAGACAAAUUGAGACAUGCAAAACAGCACUGGAUGUGUUUGCUGAAAUGGAAAAGAAUGCUGACUUACUGUCGAACACAAAUCUUCGUGCGCUGCAUGCAACACUGCUUCAGUUUGAUCAACAACUGGCAUUGACUAUACAGCGCUACAUGGACGGGGUAACCCACCUGCCUCCUCAAAACAGAUCUGCUCAUGUCAGCGUGGAUUACCAGAGGGUCAACAACCCCCGUCAGCCAACACAACCUAUCGAUGUGUCGAUGCCUGUGACUCAGCCCGGCGAUGGAGGAGCGAGCGUGUGCCCCGAUGCAGCACCACAUAUAGAGCCCACCACUCUUCCUGAUCACACAGACUACUACGCCCUGACUAAUAAACCACGCGGUUUGUGUGUGGUCAUCAAUAAUGAGGAGUUCCUCCCUGGCCUGAAAGAUCGACAAGGGUCUCGGCAGGAUGCGAAGUCUCUGGAUACAGUGUUCACCAGCCUCGGUUUUAAUGUGGUGACACACAACAACUUGACUGCAGGAGACAUGCGACGUGAACUACAACAGCUGGGCUCAAGGAACUUCUUGGAUGAUGAUGCCUUGGUGGUAUGCGUGCUUAGCCAUGGAGAAGAGGAAUGUGUCUUUGGUACUGAUGGGCAGAAGGUGUACUUGCGAGAGCUGACAAAGCCCUUCACCAGCUUUGGAGCUCCCACCUUGGCAGGGAAGCCCAAACUGUUCUUCAUCCAAGCGUGUCAGGGAAGCGGCUACCAGAGAGGAUCCGUGCCGUGUCCCCCGAGGCCAAGACAGGAGGAGGACGAACAGAGCCGCCUGGAGGAAGAUGCAGGUCCUGUGCGUGGCGAGACGGUGCCUUGGGGUGCUGACUUCCUGCUGGGCAUGGCCACCGUGCCAGAGUGCAAGUCGUUUCGAAACACUGUCACAGGCUCCAUCUACAUCCAGCAGCUGUGCGCGCAGCUGACGAGGUCAGCAAAAAGCCCAGAGAGGGAUGAUAUUCUCACAGUGCUGACACGUGUGAACAGGGAGGUCAGCAAAGGAGAAUAUUUAAACUACAAGCAAAUGCCAGAGCCCAAGUACACCCUCACCAAGAAGCUCGUCCUCGAUUUUGUGUGAGCUGACCUCCCGGGACCAAGUGCAAUGCUGAAAAUGUGCCAAAUUUUGAAAGACACGACUGGUUUACUGUGGGUAUGGGACUGUGGUUGUGUGCGAGUGUUUUUAAUCUCACUGUAUGAAUUUGAAUGUCAGCGUCUUUGUAGUUAUCUCGAGAAUCUGAUGUUGUUUAAUCAAAAAAGCAUCAUGGCAUAUAAAAUGUUGCAGAAGCCACUCAGAGAAAAUAUCCUUUUUGAAAUGUUUAUGAUCAUUCCCAUAUGAUUAAGGAAACCAACAUUGUGUUAUUUUUAUAAUAGUGUAUUAUCAUAAGUCUUCCCUUAAGAUACAAAUUAUUGUCAUUGGUAUUGGUGGUUGUAUGGAGUCAGAAGUAUUUUUAAACAAUAAAACAUGGCAAAAUGUA